AAGUAACAGUGACGCAGCUGGUAAGAAACCGCCCAAGAGACCCUCCAUCUUCAGUUUGUUUAGUCGUAAAAGUGAUACGAACAUCAAUCAAGGGGAGAGGGAUCCACGCUUUGAAGAUAGUGGUGGUCGACGUUUGGUACGCAGUAAAAGUGAUGUGGGUUCUUCGUCAUAUAAAUUGAAGAAAGUUUUAAAGGAACCUAAAUCUGCCCUGUCUGCUGGUUCGAAUAAACAUUUACCCACUCAAUUGAGUCCGAUUAUAGAAAACGAUUCCAAGGAGGAUUAUUUCGAAGAAGAUUUCACCAAGCACACUCGAGAACGCCGUAAAUCGGAAGCCAUUACCGAUAAGGAAAAACAUGAAAGUGCCAUUAACGAGCUGUUAGGACGCAGUCAUUCCCAGGCUGAAGUAGACGGUGGAGGUCUGGUAGGACGUAUACCCGUAUCAGACGUUAUUAAAGAGAAAAUUCUAAGCCUACAGGCCAAGUCACAAGAAAACAUGCAUAGCUCUCAGUUGCCGGCCCAAAAAUUGCCGCUGACCAAAGGUCAUACGGUAAACGGGAUGGUGAAACGUCUAUCUAUGGAAAGAUUUUCCCCACCCCCAACCAUAACGGGUCCAGCAUUUUCUUAUAUUCGCCCCAAUGAGGGUAUAACCUAUGCCCAAUUGGAACUGCAGGAUGAACCACAAUCACGCAGUACAUUGCCAAGACGGGAAUACACCCGAUCUCCCGUAAGAGAAUAUCGUUCGCCGGUGCGUGAAAUGCGUUCGCCAUCGCGUGAUAUUUUCACCCCCGAUCGUGAAUUGGUCAGCACCACUGUGGUAAAUCGCAGCAGCCUUAACAAAUCGGAGGAUCAAACCGAUUUCAUUGGAACUAGUCAACGUAACAAUUACUCGCCAAGUUAUAAUACCAACAAUGGUACCACCACGAUCCACAUUGGGGGUUCAUUUUCCCCUUCACCCUGGCAAAUGUUGUCACCACGCAAUCUAAGUGAUGAGGAUGAAGGGCUGGGGUUGGAGACCCGUAAAUACUAUGAUGAAGAUCUAACGCAAACCAAACGUUGUAAGUCCCCAGCUGAACCACCAAUUGUUCCGAAAAUACGCAGCAUAACCCCGCCAAGGGAGAAUGGCUACCAUAGCACGGAUCGAUACCACACACCCAACCGAGAUGUAAAUCCCAAUGAUGAUAUGGGUUAUCGUCGAGCUCGGCUAGAAUCGCGUAUUCUCACUCGGAGAUUUGGUGAUUCGGGUACCUUGGAACGUAAUGGAUACUCCCGGGAAAAUUCCCACGAGAGAGUACUUGACGAACGCGAUCGUGAUUAUCACACCAAACGUUAUCUAAGUCCGGAGAGGGAAAUCCCACGUGAUUCCCAUGAACCUAUGAGGUAUCACAAACCCGAAGUGAAAGAGAUUCUAAAUAAAUAUUCUCCCGAAAGAAGUCAUUUGGAUAUUAUCUCACCCUCGACAGCGGCACCCACCACUGCCACCACCAUGGAAAAGACAUCACGUUACAAACAUACCAAAUACUAUGAUGAUGGUCAUGGUGGCGUGAAGGAGGUCUAUGAGCGGGAGACUCAAUUUGAUCCCGAUGGUAAGCCUCAUGUAAGGGAAACACGUCAUCGGGAACGUUUGGAUUCCUAUACAGGAAAAGUUAUACGAGAAUCAUCACCCCUAAUGGAACCCAGGCACCACCGAGAACGUUUAGAUUCGUAUACGAAAAAUGGCCGGGAUAGUUCUCCGUCUCUGUUGGAGACCAGACAUCGUGAUCGCUUAGAUUCUUUUACACACACCAAGACAACCCGGGAUAGUUCACCCCUAACGGAACGUCAGCUCAUCACAGACUAUGAACCGAAGUCAUUUGAUUCACAAUUUACCACAACCGAUCAAUAUCGUUCAUCACCGGAAAAUAUGAAACGUUACGACAUGAAUUCAGAUAGGGGUGUGAAUACUGGUCGGCUGAGUAGUGAGGAUCGUUGGCACAGCAGCUUGAAGCGGGAUAAGCUGCAGCAAAGGAGCUUCGAUAAGGGCGAUUCGGGUAUUGAAAAUGAUUUCCGCAAGGAGUCCUUCAAUGGAGAUUUGGUGACAAGAUGGCGCAAACCCACCCCCGAUGAAAGCAUCCAAUCCUGUGAAAGUUUCCUGAAAAAAGAACGUCGCUACUGUGAACAUGAACGUCAGCCAAGACGUUCCGAAAAUUAUGUCUAUCGUGAGCGUUCGAUUGAUGAUGGCUCCCAUUUCGAUCCCCACUUGGAUAAAUAUCCACAGAGUAGUGCCACCUUAAAACGACGCGAUCAACAGUCACAAACUAAUCUGCUGGAUCAAGAGAAAACGAGUACCUCAACCCUAAAGCGAUCCAAAAAAUUGGGUGGCUUUGAGAAGGUGAAGCAAUUGUUCACUGGUGGCAGUAGUGGCGAUAAAAAAGAUGCGGAACGUAAAAGUGUUAGUAGCAGCACUAGCAGUAGUGCCGGUACCCAACAGACCAUAAAACCAAAAGAUAAAGACAAAUAUAUGGUCAAGGAGGAAGAAAUUCGUUCGAGAUAUCGUGUGAAUGGUGUGGUCACCAAUGGCGGCAGAAGUAGUAGUGGUGAAGGUGUCGGUGUUGGCACCCAGACCACGGAAACUAUAAGGGAACCAAAGGCCAUUGAUAUAUCCAUGCGUCGUCGUUUAUCGACCCCCAAAGCUAGUCCUCUGUUAUUGAAACGUACCUCAUCGGAUAAAAAUCGCAAAGAAUCGCCCUUGGCUAAGCCGGAGAAGACCAGUUGGUUCAAAUCUCUAGAUCGAAGGGCCAAAAGUAAAUCCAAGGAAAAGCUCAACUCCGCCCAGGAAACCUCAAGUUUGAAACGAAGCAAAAAUAGCCAUCACAAUACGCCUGCAACACAAGCACCUCCUGCAACCAAAAAUCUAAGAUUUUUCGGUGAUACCGAUUUGGAUUCGAAUCCGCCAACCAUAUCCAAGGGCAGCAAAACAUUGCAAAAGUCACGUCCCCCAUUAUCCAGUAAUUUAAAUCGUUCGCAAAAGUAUUCGCAAAGUGCCUAUCACAUUGAUCGCAUACGUUCCGAUAGUCCACAGCGUGAUGACUAUCGCCACAGUUUGGCAUCGGGUAGUAAAUCUUUGGGCCUAACCACAACCACCACCACGAGUUCUAGCACCGCGACAGGCUCCUCACCGGCCCAACGCCACAAAAGUAAUUCCAUGCAUAAUUUGGAUAAUCAGGGUAACGAUGAAGUUGAUUUUCGUCGUCGACGUCAUUACUCACGUUCCCGUGAGUUAGAUCAUAUAUCGGAAAGUGGUUCCGAAACUGAAGAUCAAGAGACAAAAUUACGAGCGGGUUUAAUGGCAGCGCGCACAUUAUCACGUGAUCGUUUGGAUCGUACAACGCGAUAUGAUGAACAUUCAUAUCGCCGCAGUAACGAUAGACCAAUAUCGUCAACGCCAAAUGGUGGUGACACGAGUAGCAGUACACAUCAACAGCAGCAACCGCAACAGCAUCAGCCGAGAAGGACCCAACCGUAUUUGAUGGGUCCACCAAAACCAGCACGCAGUGCUGAACGUAGGGCAAUGUCAUAUUCAAGAGAACGCGAUCGCUUCCCUGCCGAAAGUUCCGGCACUGAGGGUGAAUCCAGUCUACAUAGUCAACGCAGUGUGGUCUAUUUGCAUGCCACAACUGUAGGUGCCAUACCACAGCCAUAUCAAUUGAGACGCCGUUCAAUAUCCCGUGACGAUUUGCGUUCGAAUAAAUCGAAGGCCACAAAUCAACCGCUACAGCCAAUGACACGCACCGUAUCACGUUCCGUUUCAAUGCUGGCACCGUGGAAACCGAAAUUAAUCAGCGAAGGCUAUGAAAUUAACUACUCUCAGGAACAAAAUAAAACGAUGGCAACACUGCCCCGCAAGCCACCCACAAAUGGUAGCAGCAGUACCAUGACACGUUCAAGCAGAAAAUCCGAGCCCUUAUCAACGCGACAUGGUGGUGGCCGCCGGCAUAUGGAUUAUCUAAAAGAUGAUCAAUCAUCCCUGCGGAAUUCAUCGACCACCAGCGCUUCUAAAUCGGGACUAUCCACGAAUAUACAUCGUAAAAAAUAA